AUGACCAAAGUUCCCUUUUCCCUCACCUAUAUACAAUAUGACAAAGAGGACGGAAUUGUUGGAUGGGUUAUGGCCCUCGUAUCGUUAACACCGGUCUUCUUUGUGUGCAUCUUAUGCUCUUCCAUCCUUUUGCACCGGGAUAUGCAUUCUGUCUUCUUUCUAAUUCAAAUGAUCUUGUGCACCAUAUUCAACCAAAUACUAAAGCAUCUUAUAAAACAGCCACGCCCACUAACUGGAGGGGUUCAGCAGACGUAUGGAAUGCCUUCCGAUCAUUCCCAAUUCAUGUCGUGCUUCUGUAUCUAUUUUACUUUGUGGCUGUGCAACAAGUGGGUGCUAUUCUCCUUUAAACAAUCUGAGUAG